AUGUCCUUCAAUUCAAAUUCUGGUGCCGUCUUUGACAUUGCCAUGUCCUAUGUCGGGCCGCAAAAUCCCAUAAGUCAGCUCAGCUACAAUGUGGCAAGCUUGAAACAAACAACUGAUAAAAGCGCCAUAUUCAAGUAUUCCGGCGACGAUGGGACGAAAACUGGACUCUAUCAAUUCUGGAGCAAUGGAUUUUACUGGACACGGAAUGGAACUGACUCGAUAAACAUUAUUGGAAAGAGCGAGCAGUACCAAACAGACCUCAGUUUUUUCGAUUUGAAAUUCCAAGAUCGAGAUUUUCAGAUCUUCGUUCCACCAGAAUUCGAGAAAGUGCUGUAUCCAAUCGAUGAUGAUGAGGGAGACUGUAAAGAAGACUGUUUUCCACUUAGAAUCGGCGAUCCAAGCUUGAUUGAUAAAGAACUGUACACAUUCACCAUGGACCCUGAAUGA